AUGUAUAAACUCGCGCUUAAACCAGUGCCUAAAUAUUAUCCGGUUGAAUUCAGGAAAGACCCAGAAACGAGCUCUCGUUCAAAACAAACUCUCGAAGGGAGCUUCACACGGUUCCUCGGAGCGUUUCUAGAGCUCCUCGAGGGUGUACUUCCAGGAAAUUUCUGGGGCGCCAUUUUCCCAAAGAUAGUGGACAGCAGCGGCGAUUACGUCUGCUACGCUUACGUCGGCUGCUUCACAUCUGACGACGGACUAACUCUCCCGACUUGUCUUCCGGAUGACCCCGACAAAGUGAAGACGGCAUUUCUUUUGUAUUCCCGAAGCAACCGUCAGUCGCCGGUGACUUUGGACUACAAAUCGGGAUGCGCCAACACGACGCUGACUCAGUUCGACAUUCGGAGACCCCUCGUGAUAGUGGUGCACGGAUGGCUCAGGAAUUCCAACACAGCGUACCUUCCAGAAACCAAGGAUGCGCUCCUUGAAAAGGAAGACCUCAACGUGAUCUUGGUGGACUGGAGAGGAGGUGCUUCCCAACUGAACUACAUACAGAGCUCCGGUGACACAGCCCUCGUGGGAAGACAAAUUUCUGUACUCGUACAGGGCCUGAUGAAGUCGUACCCGGACGCCCUGAAGGCCUCAGACGUCCAUGCUAUUGGCCACAGCCUGGGCGCGGGAGUGGUCGGUUUCUUUGGGAAGCAUUUCAAGAAUAGUACCGGUACCUUGAUUGGACGAAUUUCAGCUCUGGACGCAGCCGCGCCUCUAUUUGCGGACACCAGUGUCUACGUGUCUCACAGGGACGCAGUGUUUGUGGACGCCAUUCACACGAGCGGAGGCAACAAGACCAUAUUCAAAGAGUUUGGCAUUUAUAACCCCAUUGGACACGUCGACUUCUACGUGAACGGCGGGAGGAAGCAACCAGGCUGCAGUCUUUUUAGUUUAUUCUGCAGCCACAGAGGUUCCUUGUUGUAUUACCUGGAGUCCCUCACAAAUGACCACUGUAACUUCACGUCAACGCCUUGCCUCGGAGGACUGAAAGCCUUGAAGAAAAACCAAUGCAUCCCCGGAAAGGAAGACCUCGGUCAACUGGGCUACUACAGCAUCGAUGCCCCUGGACGAGGAAUCCAAAUACUGGACACUAACGCAGAAGCCGAAUUUUGCAUUAGCUACCCGUAG